AUGUCGGAUGUUAUCGGAAUAGAACAUGACCGUGUGACAAACACAACAUCCACAGAUUUUCCGGGUUAUUCUACCAACGGCGAGCAACAUGCCUGGGACCUCGACACAUUCAAGUCCCAGCUCAGAGUAGAUAUCAAGCAUAUAACUGAGAGAGAAGCCAACUUUGAUUUGAUCAACAUCGAUACAUCGAUAGCCAAUGCCUUUAGGAGAAUAAUGCUUGCUGAGGUGCCCAGUGUCGCUGCUGAGCACGUUUAUGUUUACAACAACACAUCGGUAGUUCAAGACGAAGUCCUUGCCCACCGUAUUGGUAUGAUUCCAUUGAAAGUGGAUCCCGAACUUCUCAGUUGGGUCGAUCCAAAUGCCCCAGAAGAUGGAAAAUUCACAGAUGAUAACACCAUAGUGCUGAGUUUGGACGUUCAGUGCAAGGAGAAGGACAAGACGAUGAGUGUCUACGCCAGGGAUCUGGUAUUCGAGCCCCAAGGAAGACAGGUAGAGGUGUUCGCCGACCAGCCCGUUGUUCCUUGUGAUCCCGAUAUUUUGCUGGUGAAGCUACGUUAUGGCCAGGAGGUGUCGCUGAGAGUUCACUGUAUAUUGGGAUUGGGUUCCGACCACGCCAAGUUUUCGCCUGUCAGUACCGCCUCGUACAGACUGUUACCACAGAUUGACAUCAUACAGCCAAUCACGGGAACGGACGCACAGAAGUUCCAGAAGUGUUUCCCAAGUGGGGUCAUUGGUAUCGACUCAAAGGGCCAAGCCUUCGUUGCGGAUCCUAGAAAAGAUACCGUAUCUAGAGAGGUGUUGAGACACGAUGAGUUCAACGGUAAGGUCAAGCUUGGAAGAAAGAGAACGCACUUCAUUUACAAUGUCGAGAGCACGGGGGCCAUUCCACCGGAAGAGAUCUUCUUCAGAAGUGUGAGGAUCUUGAAAAAUAAGGCCGAGUAUUUGAAGAGUUGUCCGAUAAACUAG